AUGGCUCGACCUCGACGGCGAAGAAAGAUCAAAAAUCCGUCAACCAAAGUGACAAGGCGUAAUGCUAAUAAGCAUUUCAAGAAAGUCAGAAUUACGGGACAUGACCUGAUUGCUGCAAACUGGGAUCCCAAGGCUACGCUUCGGCAAAACUAUCAGAGACUAGGGCUGAUGUCGAUGCUGAAUGCUCCGGCCGGAGGCGUUGAAAAGGCGAGUCUGGAUAUUGAGGAGGAGGAACUUGAUGUGGAAACAUUGAAAAACAUUUUGGGUCCAGAUGCGGGUAUCAUAGAGCGAGAUGAAGAGGGAAAUGUCAUAAACGUUAUUCUGGGGAAAAGUAAAGAAGAACUAGAAGAAGAUGUGUUUGAUAAGGAAGUGGAACCUGUUCCAGCAAAAACAGAUAUUGUGCGGGCUCUUGAAGAAGAGGCUGCUGUCGUAUAUAAGAAAGAAACAUUUCAAGGAGCAUCACAAAAGCAAUUUAUUAAACAACUGAUCGAUAAACAUGGCAAUGAUUACAAAGCAAUGGCACGGGACAUUAAACUCAAUAUAUAUCAGCAUACUAAAGCUCAACUUAAGAACAAGUGUGAAAAAUAUUUGCGUGAACUGCCAACACCCUCUCGAUAA